CCCAAAGGACAAUGUAACCUUCCAGCACCAACUCAAAUGAGUGUUGCUGCAGUUGGAAUAGGAUUCUACUCUGGUGGAAAGAGAUGUGGUGAAUGUUAUAGAGUGGCAGGACCAAAAGGAUCACUUAUUGUUAUGAUCAUUGAUGUUUGCAACCAAGGAGAGGAGUGCUAUCAGACAGAUAGAGCUCACUUUAUGUUGUUGAACACUGACUUUUAUCGAAUAGCUCCGACCAACCAGACAUUGGAGAUCUACUCUUUAGCCUAUCAACAAGUUAGUUGUGAGCAUGAGGGUAAUAUCAAUGCCACAUUCAAUGGAGGAGGAGAUGGACACACAGACUUUGCCUACUACUUUAGAGUUUCUCUCUACGGAAUGACUGUCGGAAUAAGGACACUUCAAGUGAUGGGACUAGGCAUGACAGGAUUCCAAAAGAUGAAAUAUGAGAAUGGAGGCUUCACUUGGAACAAACUAGAUGAGUCUGUCAAGUUUAUCUUCCCUGGCACAUUGCUAAUCACAUCAUUUGACAACGAGACCGUCACCUAUGAGUUUGACAAGGUUGUGCCAUUCAAGGUCUAUGACACUCACAAACAAUUCACACCAAUACCCUCAAUAGACAACUCAUCAACAGAGUGUGUCAUGGGACUGGUUCAACAAUAUAUCUACGAUGACCAUGUACUCUUUGGAUGGGACUCCUACAAUAGUUUCAACUUCUCAGAGUACACAGUGGCCGAUACAUCAGAUCCAUUCAGUGGUUUAUCUUGUAUAAGGAUAACUUUGAAUCCAAGAGGUGGACUUACAUUCAGUCGAGAUGGUGGCUUUGCAACCAAGUACCUUCAGAGCAUCUCCUUCGCAGCAAGGUCCACAGAGUCAUCGACGGUCCGAGUGUUCUUUGGCCGCUUUGGAGGAUAUGUACUCUCGUCCAAACUGAACUCACAAUGGCAGAACUUCCAUAUACCAGUCAGAGAUCUAGAUCCUUCAGCAAUCGAGUACAUGAUAACGUUCUACAACAACCAAGACCGUCAGAUUACCUUCUACUUUGAUAACUUCAAGUGGGACUUUACCAAUGAUUCACCGUAUGAGCCAUCUGUCAAUAUAGACACGACAUCAUUCAAUCCGACAACAACAUCCGGCUCUGCAUUGAACCCUGCAACGACAAAGGCUGAGCUACCAACAAGUUUGGGUGAUUUGUUCCCUACCACCACUGGUGGAGGCAGUAGUAACACUGGUGGUACAGGAACAGUUACCGACGGCACUCCUUCGACACUGGACAUUUCUGACGAUGUUACGUCCACCACUGCUGGCAAGACUAUGACCACAGGCAAACAUGGCAAGCUAAGCAAGACAGGUGGUAUGACUUCAUCUGAUGCUACAGGUAGCAAAGUAAUUGGGAAUCAGUCCUAUUUUAAUAGUUUAGUAAUGGUUGUAACUGUGUUGGUAUUAUCAACC